AUGGCACGUUUCUGGAGAGUCGUUGGUGGCGAGAGAGGAGGGCUGUUGGUGCGAAGCGGUAGGGAGCUAGCCUCCGCAGAGAAGGAGGAGAGGCUGGCUAGCCAGUCAAUCCUGGAGGAGCUUGAAGCCAUAGGGGGUCGGCUACGUUACAGGCUCCAUCGAGGAGUGGGGCCAGCAGAGGGCUGGGUGAGCUUCAAGUUGAAAGACAAGGACCUUGUUGUGCCUGCAGAUACACGCGAAACUGGCAAGCGAUUUGAUGCUGCAGCGCCAAUUCCAGAAUUGCUUUGUGUGCAAGCCAGCGACGCCCAUGGCACUCUGAGGGACGUGCAAGGAUCCCUGUCGGAGAUUGAGCAGAGGGCCUGGAAGAAGCUUCGAGAAUCUGAUCAUAAGAAUGAAAAGAGCGACCUGUCCGCUUUCGAAGAGUCGAUCAAAGAUUUGCUCUAUUUGGCGUGGAAGCGCGAGAAUCGUAAGCGAGUUGUCCUGCUCCUAGCGAAACUGCUUCAGUUCUCAAGCGAAAAUUCGUGGGAUCGUGCGGCUCGCAUCGUCUGCCAGCAGCUGUGCUUGGUGUGCUGGGCUUCAUCUAUGGUCGACGUUGAAUAUUAUGCAUGCAGAGAUUCUGAGAGUCCUAUCGUGGUGGUUUGUGGCUUUGGCGGCUCUCAUCUCGAUGACUUGCAACCGGCCAUUGACCGUUGGACGCAAAGUGGUGCCGGGGUACUAGCUUUCGGGCCGGCGCGAGUUGGCCGCGAUGACAUGUUGGAUUCCAUCUUCUCAAGGCUCUUCUCGGUUCUGGAAGAUCGCGCCGUGAUCUUCCAUUUCUUUAGCGAUGGAGGCUUUGGGAUGGCGCGAUCACUCCUUGGGAGGUGGGAGGAGAGCUGGCAGAAAGGCGAAGUUCGCCAGUCGCCUGCGGAGUCCAUCAAGUGCAUGAUCUCUGAUGGUGCUGGCUUCCUACCGCAUGAGGUCAUCGCCGUCGACGAGGACAGCACGGACACGGAAGAUCCUCUGGGCCCCUCGCGAGCCGAUGCGGACGCCGACAAAGGCACCACCGACAACGCCCUUGGCUUCUUCACUGGCUGUGGCUUGAACAUGCUGAUGACCUUCGGUGCCUGCCAGGCCUUUCACGAAGAGCCUGCGAACUCCUUCGGAAAGACCUUGAUCGCAACGGCGAACAGCCGCAAGCUGGGAGGGGAGCUUGCCAGCGCCCCCAGGGGUCCCGUUCUUGCCAUCUGGCGUCUUCUCCGUGAGAUUCCUGCCUUGAUUGUGGCUUCGCGAGGUGACAAGAUCGUUCCAAUCGAAAGAUCAGAGCUCUUGGCCAAGUGGCUGCGCGAGCUUCCGAACCGAGUGCUGAGCCAAGCGCAGCGCUGGCAGGAUGCGAAGAUUCUGGGACAAGACGGCACCGCCGUGCGCACGCUGACCCUCGAGAAGGCGCUGCACUGCAGAGGAAUGGUCAGCCACACCAAGGAGUAUUGGGAAGCCGUUGACGGAUUGGUGGCGCACUGCCUCAGCUGA